GAGGCACCAGCAACAAGAAGAAGAGAAGGAAGAAGAAGAGCCCUCAUGCUGAUGCAGAAGCCCCCUGACCACCACGUUCGUCUACCUCCAGGCUGGAACAUCCUUCUCCUCCUCCUCCCUCUUCCACCAAACACUGAAGACACUUUGCACUAACUUUUUUUUUUUCAAUUAUUAUUAUCUAUCCUUUGUUUUUUUUUUGUUUUGUUUUUAUUUACGAUGCACACCACGCAAAAGGACACCACCUACACUAAGAUCUUCGUCGGGGGGCUGCCCUACCACACCACCGACUCCAGUCUCAGGAAGUACUUUGAGGUGUUCGGCGAGAUCGAGGAGGCGGUGGUCAUCACCGACAGGCAGACCGGCAAGUCUCGGGGAUAUGGAUUUGUGACCAUGGCGGACCGCUCGGCCGCGGACCGGGCCUGCAAGGACCCCAACCCCAUCAUCGACGGCAGGAAGGCCAACGUCAACCUGGCCUACCUGGGGGCCAAGCCUCGAGUCAUGCAGCCAGGUUUUACCUUUGGCGUCCCCCAAAUUCACCCCGCGUUCAUCCAAAGGCCUUAUGGCAUCCCGGCGCACUACGUGUACCCUCAGGCCUUCGUGCAGCCCAGCGUGGUGAUCCCGCACAUGCAGCCCACCGCCGCCCCGGCCCCAGCCACCUCCCCGUACAUCGACUACACCGGAGCGGCCUACGCGCAGUACUCGGCCGUCAGCGCGGCGGCGGCGGCUGCAUACGAGCAGUAUCCCUACGCCGCCUCCCCCGCCGCCGCCGGCUAUGUGACCGCCGCAGGGUACGGCUACGCGGUCCAGCAGCCUCUGGCCGCCGCCGCCCCGGGUUCCGCCGCCGCGGCCGCCGCCGCCGCCUUCGGCCAGUACCAGCCUCAGCAGCUGCAAGCCGACCGCAUGCAAUAGCAGGAACGGGAAGUGGAUUCUGGAUGCCGUGCUUCAACCAAAAACAAACAAAAAAAAAGUCGCCGUACAGAUAUGAUAGUUUUUUUAGUAGCUUGUUUCUAGAGAGGAAAUGCAGGAACUAAUCCCUGUUACUUAAGCCUUCAAAGUCCUAUUGCUGUCUUUUUCUACCUUAGGGUUUAUUUUGUAUAUUUAUUAUUGUCACACACACUGAGGGUUGUUCUUUUUUUGUACGAUCAGGGAAAAAAAAUUGAGCUGUUUUCAGCAUGACCUCCUCUUGGGACAUAAGGGGCGGUAUCCUUCAACGCCACCCCUCGCUCCUCUUGACCUUUGCAAAGCUAAAAAAAAAAAAAAAAAAAGCAAAACAAGUCAAAAUGACUUGUAGACAAUGACAGAAACAAGGUGGGGGCUAUAUUGAAAGGGUGGGCCAGGGUUGCCGGCCCGAGCCUCCAGAUGGAUCAAGUUGUAAUAGGAAGGUAUCACUUGUUGCUCAUUAGUUGAGCUGGAGAGUUUUAAUCCCCCUGCCGGUCCCCAUUUUUUUGGGGUGUCCGGCUUUACAAGGCCACCCGCGAGCUCCGCCAAACCCUCCCUUAUCAGCAAAAAUCUACCCGGCAACCGCCUGCCUCGGUGUGCAGACAGGGCUUUUCUCUU